GCAGGCCUCUUUAGAUAGAAGACAUGCAUAGACUAGCAGAGAGAAGCAUCAUAUCAUAUCAUUUAUUCAACACACACACACACCCCUAAUAAGGAGUAUUGUGGUUGUGUGUACUCCUACAUCCUCAUUUCAUCACACCCAGCCCCGAGCCUCCUCCUUCUCUCUAGUACUAGUACAUACAAGUUGCUAGCUAAAGCAAGGAAAAUUAUAUAUAUUAAUUCCAAGAAAUCAAGCCUCGAUCGAUCUAGAGCCUAGAGGAGGUAGGGAAGCAGCAGCUAGCUUGGCAAAUUGAAGAAAGAAUAUAUUAUAUAUAAUGGUGGAAUUAGCAGCAGGCAGAUCGGCAGCCGCAGCAAGGGAGGCCAUGGCCAUGAAGAAGAAACUUGUGAUGAGCAGGAGCAGCAACAAGAAGCCGGAGAAAGAUGGCAGGGCGACGAAAAAGCAGAGCAGGGAGGCGGAGAGCCCUUCCUACAGGUUAGCGCUCAAGAGCAUCUUCUCCUGCAGAAACAGCGGGCAGCAGCAGCACCGCGCGCCCCUGGAGACGGCCGGCAAGCGGCGGCCGUCGGUGAGCGGCAGCAGCUGCGAGCGGAAGCCGCCGCAGAGCGAGGAGCUGCCCCUGGAGAGCUCGAAGCAGCUGCAGCUGCAGCGGGGUGGGUCGUCGUCGUCUUCUUCGGGCGGGUCGUUCAGGCUGAGGCGGCUGUCGGGGUGCUACGAGUGCCACAUGGUGGUGGAUCCCGUGAGCGGCGGCGGCAGCUCGUCGUCCAUGAGGGCCACCACCUGCCCCGACUGCGGCCAGAUCUUCGUCAGGCAGGAGACCCUGCAGCUCCACCAGUCCAUCACCCACGCAGUUUGUGAGCUUGGCGCGGAUGACACGAGCCGGAACAUCAUCGAGAUCAUCUUCCAGUCGAGCUGGGUGAAGAAGCAGAGGUGCAAGGUGGAGCGCAUCCUCAAGGUGCGCAACACGCCCCGCACGCUGGCCGCCUUCGAGGAGUACCGCGACGCCGUCAAGGCCAAGGCGGCCAGGCAGAUCACCAAGCACCCGGCGGCGCGCUGCUCCGCCGAUGGCAACGAGCUGCUCCGCUUCCACUGCGCCUCCCUGGCCUGCGCGCUGGGCCUCAACGGCGCCACGCACCUGUGCGAUGGCGAUGGCGGCGGCUGCGGCGCCUGCGCCAUCAUCCGCGACGGCUUCGUCAUCAGGAACAGGAACGCCGCCGGCGUGUGGACGAUGGCGACCAGCGGCCGCGCGCACGACGACGCGGUGGAGUACCUGGAGGAGGAGGAGGAGGAGCGGAGCAGGGCGAUGCUGGUGUGCCGGGUCAUCGCGGGGCGGGUGAAGCGGCGGCGGCGGCAGCCAAGAAUAAUAAACGAGGAGGAGGAGGGUUCGUCGGCGGCGGCGGCGGAGGAGGGUUCGUCGUCGGCGGCGGCGCAGCACGAGCAGCACGAUGGCGUUGAUGAUGAUGAUUUGCAGGAGUUCGAGUCGGUGGCGGGGUCGGCGCCUGGGGUGUACUCCAACCUGGAGGAGCUGAUGGUGUUCAACCCCAGGGCCAUCCUCCCAUGCUUUGUUGUCGUCUACAAGGCUUAAGCUUAAUUUAUUUAUUUAUUUAUUUAGAGUUAAAUACACCGGCGGCCCUCAAAUUUGUCUGCAGGUGCCACUUAGGUCCACGAACUCGCAAAAUCGAAAUCUGUCACCCUGAACUUGUUAAGUUGUGCCACUUAGAUCCAUAACUCCUAACAUGGCGCCACGUGACAUAAAUAUAUGCAAAAAAGCCCUCCAAAUUUGUCCACGCCAUCCCCAACCGCCGCCGCCGCCGGAGAGAGCCGCCGCCGCUUCGCCCCGUCGGCCCGCGCGUGCUUCCGCGAGGAGGCGGGGGAUGCCCAGAUCCGCUCGAGCUCCGGCAAGGAGUAGGAGGGAGGAGGGAGGAGGGAGGGAGGGGUGCCGGCGAGGGAGUGGGCUUGGGUCCCGCCGCCGCUCGUCGUCGCUACUCGGAGGAAGCCGCGCCGGAGGAGGGAGGAGCUCGCGCCGGCCCUGCUCGCUGCCCCCGCCGCCCGGAUCUGCUUGGAGCCGCGCCGCGGGCGCCGCGAAUGGGAGCGAGGCCGAGGCGGGCCCACGCCCCCGCGGGGCUCGCGGCCGCGGCCGCGUGCAGGGUGUGGAGUAGCGCGCGCGAGGAGGGAGGAAGGAGGAGGCGGCACGCCGCCGCCACGAGCUCUGCCAUAGCCGCGCACGAGCUCCGCCAUGCCCGCCGCUAUGCCAUGGCCUCCACCGCGAGGAGGGGUGCGCUGGCACGGAGGAGGGAGGUGGGAUGAGCUCGGUGCGGCGGAGGGAGGAGGUGGAUGGUGGAAGGAGGGGGCGGCGCGGCAUGGCAUGGAGGCGGUGGGGAGGAGGUGGAAGUGCCUAGAUCUGCCCGAGCUCAGCGCGGCGGAGCUCGAGGCGCCGGCGAGGGAGGGAGGGAGGAGCACCGGCGGGGAGAGCAGGGGCCUCCCGCGACGGCGCUCCUGGCGGCCUCCGGCGGCAGCGGCGGCGCUUGUGGGGGAGGAGAGAGAGGUGAAAGAGGCGAGGAGAAUGUAGAUAUAGAAGAUGAUAAAACUCAAGGGCUUUUUUGCAUAUAUUCAUGCCUCUUGAAGGGUUAUGGAUCUAAGUGGCACAACUUAACAAGUUCAGGAUGUUAGAUUUCGAUUUUGCGAGUUCGUAGACCUAAGUGGCAUCUGGGGACAAAUUCGAAGGCCGCUGGUGUAUUUAACUCAUUUAUUUAUUAACGUGCUCGGCUCGCUCUUAAUUAGUACUGCUACCACUACUACCCUACUAGUAUGUAGUAGUUAAUUACUAGUAUAUUGUCUUCCUCCAUGCAAUGUACAAUGCGCGUACUAAUUAAUAUGUUGUUAGCUACUGUACUUAAUCAUCAUCAUCAUCA